GAUCAAACUACGGAAUUCCAGGUAAACCCAAGCCCUCGAAAUCAAAAUGAUGGUCUCGGCGUUCCUCACUUCCUCUUAUCUCAUUCUAUCUCGUUCGACAGUUGAACCCUAGCGGGAGUAGCCCUCGUCUCCGACGGCCGUUGGCGGAGAGCUGCCAUCAUUUAGGAUCAUCUAACCUCAAUCUCUGAUCUGCUCGAGUCCUAGCUGCAGGGAAGCUGCAGAAGCGGUGGUGGUGGUGGUGGUGGUUCUUUGGACAGUGGUGGUUGACAGAAGUGGAGUUUUGAACAUGAGUUCACGCAGCAGAAGCAGGAGCAUGAGCAGGAGCCUGAGCCGUAGCCGGAGCCGGAGUCCACGAGAUCGCAGGAUCCGAUCUCAGCGCGUUUCCUAUCGUGAUGCUCCUUAUCGGAGGGAGACACGCCGGGGUUUCAGCCAAGGUAAUCUUUGCAACAAUUGCAAGCGACCAGGCCAUUUUGCGAGAGAAUGCCCAAAUGUGGCUGUUUGUAACAACUGCAGUCUUCCUGGGCACAUUGCAUCCGAGUGCACUACUAAGGCACUAUGCUGGAAUUGCCGGGAACCAGGACACAUGGCUAGCAACUGUCCCAAUGAGGGCAUAUGCCAUUCAUGUGGCAGGGCUGGCCACCGUGCCCGAGAAUGCCCGGUUCCUGAGCUUCCACCUGGAGACAUGAGGUUGUGCAACAACUGCUUCAAGCAAGGUCAUUUGGCAGCUGAUUGUACCAAUGACAAAGCAUGCAAGAACUGUAGGAAGACGGGCCACAUAGCACGGGACUGCCAGAAUGAGCCCGUUUGCAACCUGUGCAACAUAUCUGGGCAUGUGGCUAGACAAUGUCCAAAGGCUGAUAUUCUUGGAGAAAGGGGUGGGGCAGUUGGCGGGCGUCCUGAUAUCUUUGCAGAAAGGGCUUCUGGAGGCCGGUAUGGUGGUUUUCGGGAUGUCAUAUGCCGGAGCUGCAACCAGGUCGGUCAUAUGAGCAGGGAUUGCAUGGGGCCCCUGUUGAUCUGCCACAACUGCGGUGGUAGGGGCCACAUGGCUUUUGAGUGCCCAUCAGGGAGAAUAAUGGACCGAGGGCUUCGCAGGUACUAAAUCUACAAUGUCACAGGAAUGCAUGCAGUGAUGAAGAUUUGCCUCGUAUUGGCACCUAUGAAACAUAAAUUUUCCUUGUUGGUUCUCUAGUGGGUUGUUUUAUUGAAAUUUUCUGGUUAUUGGAUGUCAGCUUUGGGUAAUUUUUAUGACCCUAAUGUUGGAUUUUAAUUCUGAAUACUUUUGGGUUAUUAGAAAUGUUUUAAAGGUAUUGAAUCUAUCAUAUCCUAGGUGCAGCCGGGUGAACCUGAUCUUUGGUUAA